AUGGACCAGCUUCAUCCCGUGUCGUUCGGCACAACAACCGUGCGAUCCUAUUCUGCAGGCUCGUACGGUUCUUCCACCGGUUCCGCUUCUUCCUCUACAUCGAUGCAAGACACUGCCGCCGCGGCUGUACACACACCAUCUACCAGCCCUUCCCUCUCAGACCGCAGCACGUACUCCUCACAACCUUCCUCCAAUUGGAACAAGUUGCCAUCGCGCGCACAUCAACCGUCUUCCUUCGAUUCCCCCGCUGGCCCUACCUCAGGACUCUCGCCGCUUGAGCUCCUCGUGAAAAGGGGCAUGCAGGUACAACAAGACAUUUUCACACCCGACGACGUCGGCGACAAGGCAGACACUUCGACAAAUCGCAUCCUCGAGCGCGCAUCCGCGCUUUCACGCAAGACGUCGGUGCGAAAGCCUCCCAUUCAACCAUCGCCCGACCCGGACGACUUUGAUGAUGCACAAAGCAUUCGCAGCGUCAACCUUCUCUCAGACGCAGGCUCCAGCUUCUCGCGCGGUCAGCGCGGAUCUGCAGCCUCCUCUGCGGUAUCCUCGCCCAAUCCUGGCUCGUCCUUCUCCGUACAACGAGGUUACAAGGCAUCUUAUGACGACUCCACCGACUCGUAUACUCCGACACAACCGCAGUCUGAUUGGCAGCGACAGUCGUCGCAUUUGCUCAGUAAUGCCUUCCGCAAUUCAGUCGCCUCGGAUAUCUCCUUCAACUCGAUCACUCCAGAUGAUCUCGAUUCGUCGUCGCUAUCACGCAGAGCCUCGAUCGAUACUGUACGAAGCUCAGAAUUUGGCGAACACGGCAGAUGGGGUCGUGCAUGGACAUCGCGGGCCGAGGACGAGGAGAGUCUGUACGGAGAGAGUGCCUACGGCGACGAGUACGAUCCAGACCAGAAUGGCGACAGUAGUAACGCCAUCGACGCACACAUAGACCUCGACCCUACUCGUGGUCCUUUCAGUAGCAACCUUGGUCUCGACACUGUGGCUAGACAGUGGAAGCUCGACCAUGCACCUCAUCUUGCUUCAGCAGGUUAUAAAGCACAGACUCGGAACACGCGCUCAAACGUCUCCGCCGCUGCCUCGAUACCAGCCAUCCGUGAAGUCGCAAGCCAGGAAAAGAUUGUCAGCCUCACACGAUCUGUUCCACCUGCAACGACGAUGUCACGACUGCAACAAACGGCAGUAUCGCCCGUCGCAGAUCCAAGGCACAGCUUUGUCCCUCAGAUUGUUAGCCACGACUACGAUGCUCCACCACAUCACUCGCAACUCUAUGACCGCACUCCCAUGGCAUCUGCAGAUCGCUACCUCGGCCACCGCUCCACCCCUUCCACAGCCACCAUCACGGGCGACAAUAAAAGAGCAGACUGCGACAGCCCGCCCACCGCGCGCGUCUACGUCUAUCCACCCAGUCCUUCAGGAUCCGAAGCCGCCGCAGUACCCAGCGGAGCAGCACAACACCACAAUACAACUCUGCCGCUCACUGCACAGCAACGAUACGGCUCGAUGCCGUCUCCAACUUCAGCUCAAAUCGAGAACAUGGCUGCUGCCGUGCCGCAGAAGAUCACCAACAGGGAAACACAGCGCAUGCCUUUAGCCCCCUCGAGCUUGCUCAGCAAUACUCGUAGCGUAUCCGCUGGCUCUGCAAAAUCACAGCGGCUUCGAUCCUCGGGACAUCCAGCAGGAAGGGUGCCACCUCCGCCACCGCCGGCAAGAUCAGGCAGCGGCGACGAACGAAGCCCGCUUGGAUACUCUGAUCCGAACCAGUACUUUCAGGGCGUCGACCAGCCCAUCAUUGGUCGCAAACGUGCAGAGGCCAUCGCACGGGCGGAUGGAAGAGAGAGCAUGGUUUCCGACCUGGAUGUCGAGACGCUUCGCCUGGAUGGCAGCAGCCGACGUGACAGCAGCAGCACCAUUGGCAGUGUGAUAACGUCGCGCAUGUCGAUUGGCAGCGUCAGUCACGGUACCACCACGAUGCAAACGGCAGCAGCAUGGCGCAACAGUCAGAGUGCUGUCUCGCCAAAACCUUCGCAAAGCUCGUUCCGAUCUUUGCAAUCCGUGCAGGACACGGCAGCGGGCGAGAACGCGGCAAGACCACCGAUGCUGCGCAACGCCAAAUCGGCUACUACCAUUCCUAGUGGACCUCCUGGAUCUAUCGCCAUGCAGCCGACCGCCUCGGCUCCGCCAACCGGUCUCGGGGUAGGGCUUGGUGGCGGUCUCAAUGGCGCAGCUGCCAAGCCUCGGACGUCACCCGCUGUCGAUACCCGCACAGGCCCCAGCACGGCCGAAGACUUCCUCUCGCAAGGCAUCACCUACCACGAACAGGGCGACUUAGCCCGCUCGGCCUUCUACUUUGAGCGAUCGGCCAAAGUGGACGGCGGUUGCGUGGUAGGGAUGUGCAUGUUCGGCAUGGCGCUGCGCGAAGGCUGGGGAGCACGCAAAGACCCGGUCAAAGGGUUCACGUGGAUCCAGCGUGCCGCUGCGCGUGCAGGCGAGAUGAUGUCCACCACCGCCGCGCCGAAGACCGAUUCCGAGCUCAAGGCGAUCAAGAGCGAGCUAAAGCUGAGCGUUUACGAGCUGGGAAAGUGCUUCUGCUACGGCUGGGGCGUGAAGAUGGACAAGCACAUGGCGUUGGAGUACUUUGAGCUGGCUGCGAAGCUGGGCGAUGCGGAUGCGCAGGCUGAGGCAGGCGCGCUGUAUGCGGUGGGCAAGGGGUGUAAGAAGGAUUUGAAGAAGGCGGCGAUGUAUUACAGGAUGGCUGAGGCGGGUGGGUAUGAUACGGUGGGGUUGAGCUGGAUUCAUAAGGACAAAUACAAGUGA